AUGGAUCCUGUGGCACCUGAUUUUAGUUCUCGAAAUGCCACAGUUGUGUCGCUGUCUAAUAAUAUAACUUUACGGGCACUAAAACCGGAAAAUGCUUUACAAGAAAAAUUUCGUAUAAAAUAUUUUCAAACUGAUCCAUUUAAAAAUUAUGCGCCACUGGAGGUGUACGAUAUCACUGAACAAAAACAUAUCGAAAUUUAUAUUGGUAAUCUGAAUGCCGGUCGACAUUAUAAUGUUACUAUUACCUCGUUAAUGAAUGGUUUAGAAAGCAAACCAUGGACUGGAGUUCUAACGACAAAGCCGUUGUCACCGUUCCGACUAGAUGUUACAGAUUUGAAUCACACAUGUGUAACUUUUUCAUGGUCUUUAUCGACGAAAUCUGGUGUGGAACGAUUUAUUAUUCGUUACAGUGAAAGAAACGAAAGCUCUCCAAUUAAAGAGAUAUAUUUGAAAAAAACCGUCAAAUCAACAGAUAUCUGUGGAUUGAAGGCAGGCCGUACUUUUACAUUUGGUGCCAUUGCUGAAGUUGGCAAUGAAACUUCGGAUCUAUCGUUUGUUGAUCACACGGUUCGACCUAAACCUCCAGAAAGCUUGAAAGUUUCUGUUGAUUACAACAAAAGGAAGUUUCUAUUGCUGUUGACACUUCCACCGGAAUCAGAAAGCUUUAUUGACGGGUGCAAUAUAAGUAUAUCCAGUGAAAGAUUAGAUGUGGUUGAACAGUCAGAAUCCGUUCUGCCCGGUAAAACUGCGGAUGCUCGUAGAAGGUGUUCGUUCUAUGUGUCAUUACGUCCGGGCUACAGGUAUGAAGUUGGCGCAGUGACAACAAGUAAAAAUGCACGAAGCGUAAAACUGUUAAAAAACUUUGCUCUAGAACCGGCUUUUGAUAUGAAACAUUUUGGGCUGACACUUCAGGAAACAAAGCAAGGCUUAAUUUUGGACUGGCCUCAUAAUUCAUCGGGAUAUGUUAAACUGGAAAGUAUAUGGGACGAUGUUGUGGGUAAGGAUAGUACACUUCAUAUGGAUGUCGAUCCACAAAGCUCCUCGCAGAAGGCAAAAUGGCAACCGCAAAAUUACGUCAUGCAUAUAGAUCAAAAAGAAGCGCUUGUAAUAUCAAAUUUAACAAGUGGUGCCUGCUAUAAGGUACAAGUUUACACAGUAACAAAGUCGGGAAUAGUAUCGACAGAUCGUUUUGAAGAAUACAUUCGUAUCAGUGCACCAUCAGUGAAUGUCACCACUGAUGAGGUGACAAAGAACUCGGCUAAAUUCCGUUUUGUACAUCGUGAUGCACUGCAGUUUGGCUCUUCUGAGUGUUUUAUCAAUGUUGUUGUUUUUGAUAUGCAUAGCGUUGCAAUUUACAACAGAACACUUGCUUUUUUGCCAGAAACUGCUCCGGUUUUGCUGCAGGGUUUACGUCCAUACCAUAAGUAUACAAUAAACACUCAGAUAAUGUGUGGAAAAAGGCUGGAAAAGAAGUGUCCCUUGCGAAUGCGUACUUUGCGUCAGCUUACAUUUGAAACACGUCAGGAUCGACCAGGUCCAGUUCAAAAUUUAACGGUCCGGGCUUUAAAUCCUUAUAGUGUUCAGUUGUCUUGGAUGCCACCUGCCUUACCAAACGGUAUCAUAACCCAUUAUAUUGCCCGAAUCCAUCCAAUGGUACGCAUAAUUGAGGAGACUGAAAACGAAUGGUCUGUUACUGUCGGCACCAGUCCACAACAUCUUGACCAUACUAUCAACGCUAUUAUUGACAACCUUAUUGGCGGUCUCGCAUAUCGUAUGGAUGUUCGUGCCGUUACAGAAGCUGGAGAAGGCGAUCUUAGUGCUGUAUCGGACGCUGUACUUGUGCUAAUGCCAAUUUUACCUCCACCACAACCGACGACACGUAUGGAAAUUUUGCACAACACAAUUCGCAGCACUGACGUAACGCUAAGGUAUAGCACAGCGAUGUUUAGCACGAAACAUGGUUUGUUGACAAAGCUGGCGAUUAUUGUUGUUGAGGUUACGGGUGACGGAAAAACUAAUGAAUUUUGGGCAUGGGAACAUCGUAAUUCGACUCCGACUUGGCGUGAAGUUCAACGUUUUGGCGUUUGGCCCCCGUAUGUUGCAGUUGAAAGUCCAAUCGAACCAGUACGCAAGUUUUUUCCACCCCGAUCAAUUUCUGAGGUUAUCGGAGUUGAUAGUUCUUGUGAAGAUAUUGAUGUAGAAUAUGUUUGCAACGGUCCUUUAAAACCUGGUACAAAUUAUAAGUUCAAGUUACGUUUGUAUACGGCACCAAAUCUGUGGACGGAUACAGAAUAUUCAGAAACGAUAACAACCGAAUAUCCGGAAACGAAGGGUUGGGAUAAAGGAAUACACGGAAGAGUUGUUGAGAAUAAAAUUGUUCGGAUGUGGAGCAAUUUUGAUUGA